UACUGCGACGACCUAAUACUAGAUUGCUUACAUUUUGAUUUUUGAGUGUCCAUCCUUUCUUCCUCCAAUCUUUCCACUUCUUCGUUGCCUCUCUCUCUCUCUCUGUGUGUGGAAAAAUGUCGUCGACAGCUUUAGACAUGGCCCUAGACGACAUCAUCAAGACCAACAAAAAGUCCGGCGGCGGCAGAGGCCGUAACCGAGCAUCCAGUCCUGGUCCUGGACCCGCCCGCCGCUUCCCUAACCGCGUUGCCAACCGUACAGCUCCUUAUGCCGCCGUUAAGGCACCGGAGACGACGUGGCAGCACGAUUUGUAUAGGGAAGAGAAUUUGGGUCGAUCUUCUGCUAUAGAGACUGGGACCAAGCUCUUUUUAUCCAAUCUUGAUUACGGUGUUUCGAACGAGGACCUUAAGGAACUGUUUGCUGAAGUUGGUGACCUUAAACGGUAUUCAAUCCAUUAUGAUAGAAGCGGGAGAUCGAAGGGAACUGCUGAAGUAGUAUUCUCGAGACGAGGAGAUGCUGUGGCUGCUGUCAAGAGAUACAACAAUGUACAGCUUGAUGGGAAACCGAUGAAGAUAGAGAUCGUGGGAACAAACAUUGGAACACCUGCUGCACCUCCAGCAACUAAUGGGACUUUUGGAAAUUCAAAUGCAAUCCCCAGAGGUGGACAAGGUCGAGCUGGUGCACUAGGACGGCCUCGUGGCAGCAGAGGUGGCCGUGGUUUUGGAAGGGGUCGUGGACAUGGUCAGGGAAGAGGCCGUGGUGAAAAGUUAUCUCAAGAAGAUCUUGAUGCUGAUUUGGAGAAGUAUCAUGAGGAAGCAAAGCAGAAUAAUUGAAGCCAUUUAUCAUGUUUUAUUGUUUGGACUAUACAAUCUCCUGUGACAAUCUCCUGUUUGGUUAUGCAGCAACCUCAUCUAUUUUGUGUAUCUCUAAAAAAAUCAUGCUUAAGAGAAAAGACGCCAACUACCCGUAGAGAGCUGUUGGAAUCUAAGGGGUGUGGGUGUUUAUUGUGAGUUUUUCCUUUGACUCGAUACAAUUAUACGUGGGUUGAUGGAUAGUUGUCAGUAUGUAUUCAGAACCAAUACUUUAUUCA